UUUUUUCAAAGCAAAAUGUCCGGCAUGGAACUAGUCGCGGCUCCGAUUGUCAGUGUAGCGGUCGAAGAAACUGGUCGGCCUCUCUGUCGCUGUAUCUAUUCUACGAUCAAGAACAUUGUCAAAAGCCCAGUACAACAGCUUGAUCUAUUGGAAAGCCAUAUGAAAUCCCUUAUGGUUCGUAGAAAUGAUGCAGCAAAAGAAAUGGAAUUUGCUAAGAGAGAAGGAAGGGUAAUAAAAGGUCAAGCCAAUGCGUGGGUUGGGGAGGUUGACGAGCUGAAGCGUAAGUGUGAUCAGAUUCAAAAAGCAAAGAGUUCCCGAUGUUUCUUAAGUUGCAUUCCUAAGCGGUAUAGAAUAAGCACGAAGGUGGCAGAACAUCUCAAAGAGAUAGAAAGGCUUUUAGAAGUGGGCAGUUCCCUUGCUGGUUCCGUGGCUUUUAAUUAUUCAGAGGUCAAAAAAGUGGAGCAUAUUCCUGGACCUUCAAUUCAAGAUCAAACAACAUCAGUAUCAGAAGAUGUAGACAAAAUUAUGACUCUAUUGUCUGAAGAUAAAAACAGGAUAAUUGGUAUAUGGGGGAUGGGAGGAGUCGGCAAAACUAAUCUGGUGAGAAAUUUGAACAAUAAGCUGCUCGAAAAUAAUUCAAAUCUGCGUUUUAGCUGUGUAAUAUGGGUUACAGUGUCCAAGAAUUUGGACAUAAAAGGGGUCCAGAUGAGAAUAGCUUCCAGACUGCGUUUGAAGCUGGAAGAAAGUUCGGGGUCGGAUGGAAUGGCUACACAACUUCAUCAAAGCCUACUAAAGGAGGAACGUUUUCUUCUUAUUCUCGAUGAUGUUUGGGAGAAAAUUGAUUUGGACAAAUUGGGUGUCCCACGGCUUGAAGAUCCUAGGGGUAGUAAGAUCAUAUUGACAUCUAGAUCUUUGGAUGUAUGUAGGAACAUGAUGCUGACUGAUGUUGACAUUAAAGUGAGCGUUUUGAGGGAUGAAGACGCUUGGCAACUAUUUAGUCGAUAUGCGACGGAUGUGGUUAGUUUAGAACAUAUCACACCACUUGCUGAGGCAAUUUGUAAAGAGUGUAAGGGAUUCCUUUGGCCAUCAUCACCAUGGGAGCUGCAAUGAGAGGAAAGACGAAGCUGGAGUUAUGGAACCAUGCUUUGAAACAAUUGCGAAGAUCAGUGCCUUAUGCAACAGGCGUUGAGGAGGAGCUCUUUAAGCCUUUGAAGUGGAGUUACGACUCAUUAGAAGGUAAAGACUUGAAAGCUUGUUUCCUUUACUGCUCUUUGUUUCCAGAGGACUUCUCAAUUCAAAUAGAUGAACUAGUAUGGUACUGGCUGGCGGAAGGUUUGAUAGAUGAUCGAGAAAAGUAUGAGGAUUGCUACAGUAGAGGAAUUAGUUUGAUUGAAAAUCUGAAGGACGCCUGUUUGUUGGAAGAUGGUUCCUAUUCUCGCGCAGUGAAGAUGCAUGACGUUGUUCGUGAUGUUAGCAUAUGGAUUGCAUCAGGUACCUGCAGUGAGUAUGGAAUUGAAUCCCAGCUUGUUCGUUCAGGGCAUGGGUUGAAAGAGAUUUAGCUACUGAGCUAUCAAAUUCUGAUCUCAAAAGAGUUUCUUUCAUGAACAACGAUUUAGAAAGACUACCUGAUGAUGUGUCUGUGAUACAAUGUUCAGAGGCAUCAACUUUGCUACUACAAAAUAAUCCUCGCCUUGACUUAAUUCCUGAAAGAUUUUUGGAAGGAUUUGAAGCAGUGAGAGUCUUGAAUAUCAGUGGGACCGGCAUCAAGUCAUUGCCCGUUUCUCUACUUCAACUGGAUGAUCUCCGUGCUCUUCUUUUGAAUAAUUGCAGGGAUCUCGAAGAAUUGCCCCCGCUGGAAAGGCUCAGUAGACUUCAAAUGCUUAAUCUCUCUUUCAGUGGUAUCAGAGAAUUGCCAAGAGGGUUGGAGCAACUCAGCAACUUAAGGCAUCUAAUCUUAUCGUGGACUAUCAAUUUGGCAGCGGUUCAAGGUGGAGUCAUAUCCAAGUUGUCUAGUUUAGAAGUUCUGGACAUGUUAGGCAAUAACUACAUUUGGAAAGUGAAGGAAGGGGUAAAUGAGGAACAAGCAUGUAUUGAAGAGCUCCAAUGCCUUGAGCGGUUACAAUUCUUAUGCAUCAGAUUGGAAUGGGUCCCGUGUCACAGUUACCGAAAUACAAUUAUUUCCUUGACAAAUAGAUUAAAAAGAUUCCAAAUUGCCAUCUUAGGGCCGGACCAUUCUACUGAUAUAGAAAAAUUAUAUUCUCCAGAUGCCCAAAGAUGCGUCACAAUGAAUGGAAUUGAUCUCUCGGGAGGACAGAUCGGGUGCUGGUUGAGUAUUGCAAGUGUUGAACUACGAAUAACUAAUUGUCGGGGACUGAAUGAGAUGCUACAUGACUUGGUCAUUAACAGUGUUGGCAGCUUUACAAAUUUAAAAAAGCUUGAGAUUCGUUACGCUAAUAGCAGUUUUCGAACUGGAGGACGAGCUGCACAGUAUGACCUACUACCCAAUUUGGAGCAACUUAUUCUGAUAGAUAUGAGAGGCAUUGAAAGUAUUUCAGAACUCGUCAACCAUCUCGGGCUGAGAUUUCAGAGACUGAAAACAAUAUUUGUGGCGGACUGUGGGAAGAUGAAAUAUCUUCUCUCCCUUGGGAACUCCAUUCGCACAAUGCCAAACCUAGAAGUAAUCCAGGUAUGGACGUGUUCCAAUUUAGAAGAGCUCUUCAAUUAUCGUCCAUUGCAUGAGAUCAAUAUGGCUCCAGAUCCUAUAUUAACCCCAAAGCUACAUAAAUUGAUAUUGAGGGACCUUCCCAACUUAAGGAAUCUUUGUAGGGACGAAAAGACCUGGCCGGGUAAUAAAGUGAAGGUUGACGUGGUCGACUGCUAUGAUCUUUUGAGUACUGAGCAAUAAUAAGAUGGAAACUGAGUUGCAUUGGAGUGACAUGUGGUGAAAACUAAAUAAUAUUUUACGUGUUUUUGUUGGAGUGAGGUGUGCAAUAUAUGUAUUUUUUUUUUUUUGGACCAAAUGUAUUAUUUUCUGGAAGUUUAUAUUACGUGUGCCUAUAUAUAUUAAGAUAAAUUUUAUGUAUUUGGAUG